CAAGGGUGUCUUUGCCUGAGGUCGGAAUGGUGCUGUUAGUCCUGGCGAUGAUUGCAUAGCAACACAGAGCUGCUCGGAGAGGGGAGGAGGAGGAGGAGGAGAAGGAGAAGGAGGAUAGGGAGGUGGGAGAGACAGAGGGAGAGUGUGCACACAGCAGCUGUCGGCAUCCCUGUCUGAGGGACUUCUUUGCUGAUUCACAGAGGCGGCCUAGCCAGGGCCUCCCAGCUACCGCUUGCUUCGCAGACCUGACGGAAUCAGAAGGUGCUUGAUGCUCCACAGUUGGUCUGCUGCCAGUCUUCACCCUCCAUGAGCCUUGGUUCUGAUGCAACCUUUGGUCAUGCAGGGAUGCCCUUACACCCUCCCACGAUGUCAUGAGUGGCGUGCUGCUGACAGGUUUCAUCACAGCAGCAGCUUCCGAAACACCUGCCCCCAGCCUCAGGUUAGAGCUGCGGUCACCAUCCCUGCACCUCCUUGGGAUGGUGCCAGGGAUCCCUGCCUAAGUCCAAAGCUCUUGAACAGGUCUGUUGGAGCCAUUGGCCCCCUGGAACCAUCAGCCAUGAAUCUGUGUUGGAAUGAAAUAAAAAAGAAGUCUCAGAACCUCCGUGCUCGCCUAGAGGCCUUCUCAGACCAUAGUGGAAAACUCCAGCUCCCACUCCAAGAGAUUAUUGACUGGCUGAGCCAAAAGGAUGAGGAGUUGUCAGCUCAGCUUCCCUUGCAAGGGGAUGUGGCCCUGGUACAACAGGAGAAGGAGACGCAUGUGGCCUUUAUGGAAGAAGUCAAGUCCAAGGGCCCCUAUAUCUACUCUGUGCUGGAAUCUGCUCAGGCUUUCCUGUCCCAGCACCCAUUUGAGGAAUUAGAGGAACCUCAUUCUGAGAGCAAAGAUACCUCCCCGAGACAGCGAAUUCAGAAUCUUAGCCGCUUUGUGUGGAAGCAGGCAACGGUGGCUAGUGAACUGUGGGAGAAACUGACAGCCCGCUGUGUAGAUCAGCACCGACACAUUGAGCAUACUCUGGAGCAUCUAUUGGAGAUCCAAGGGGCAAUGGAGGAACUAAGCACUACUUUGACCCAAGCAGAGGGAGUCCGAGCCACUUGGGAGCCCAUUGGGGAUCUCUUCAUAGAUUCCCUCCCAGAGCAUAUCCAAGCCAUCAAGCUAUUCAAAGAAGAAUUUUCUCCUGUGAAAGAUGGAAUGAAGUUAGUGAAUGAUCUGGCCCACCAACUUGCCAUUUCUGAUGUACACUUGUCAAUGGAGAAUUCAAGAGCUCUGGAACAGAUCAACAUCCGAUGGAAACAGCUCCAGGUGUCGGUUGGUGAGAGGCUUAAACAGCUCCAGGAUGCCCAUCGGGACUUUGGGCCUGGGUCACAGCACUUCCUCUCCACUUCUGUCCAGGUUCCCUGGGAAAGAGCCAUUUCUCCCAAUAAAGUUCCCUACUACAUCAACCACCAGGCUCAGACUACAUGCUGGGACCAUCCCAAGAUGACUGAGUUAUACCAAACCUUAGCUGAUCUGAACAACAUUAAGUUCUCUGCUUAUCGCACUGCCAUGAAGCUCCGCAGAGUUCAGAAGGCCCUGCGCCUAGAUCUGGUAACUUUGACUACAGCUCUGGAGAUCUUCAAUGAGCAUGACCUGCAGGCCAGUGAACAUGUGAUGGACGUGGUGGAGGUCAUUCACUGCUUGACUGCCUUGUAUGAACGACUGGAGGAGGAAAGAGGCAUCCUUGUCAAUGUGCCACUAUGUGUAGACAUGAGCCUCAACUGGCUCCUCAAUGUUUUUGAUAGUGGUCGCAGUGGAAAGAUGCGAGCAUUGUCCUUUAAGACUGGUAUCGCAUGCUUGUGUGGCACUGAAGUCAAAGAAAAACUUCAGUACCUCUUCAGCCAAGUGGCCAAUUCAGGCAACCAGUGUGACCAACGCCAUCUCGGUGCUCUGCUUCAUGAAGCUAUUCAAGUGCCCCGUCAGCUGGGUGAAGUGGCAGCAUUUGGGGGCAGCAAUGUGGAGCCCAGUGUUCGUAGUUGCUUUCGUUUUAGCACGGGAAAGCCAGUCAUUGAAGCUUCCCAGUUCCUGGAGUGGGUCAACUUGGAGCCUCAGUCUAUGGUGUGGCUGGCCGUUCUGCAUCGGGUCACCAUUGCUGAGCAAGUAAAGCAUCAGACCAAAUGUUCUGUCUGUAGGCAGUGCCCCAUCAAAGGGUUCAGGUACCGGAGUCUGAAACAGUUUAAUGUGGAUAUCUGCCAGACUUGCUUCUUGACAGGCAGGGCCAGCAAAGGCAACAAGCUCCACUAUCCCAUCAUGGAAUAUUACACACCGACCACAUCCAGUGAGAACAUGAGGGAUUUUGCCACAACCUUAAAGAAUAAAUUCCGCUCGAAGCAGUAUUUCAGCAAACAUCCUCAGCGGGGUUAUCUGCCUGUGCAGUCAGUGCUGGAGAGCGAGUGCAGUGAGACACUGUCUUCUUCCCCGAUGUUGCCACAUGCUGACACACACUCUCGAAUUGAACAUUUUGCCAGCAGGCUUGCUGAGAUGGAAAGCCAAAAUUGUUCCUUUUUUAAUGACAGCUUGUCCCCGGAUGACAGCAUAGAUGAGGACCAGUACCUGUUGCGGCACUCCAGCCCCAUCACAGACCGAGAGCCAGCCUUUGGACAGCAGGCUCCAUGCAGUAUGGGCACAGAAAGCAAGGGGGGACUAGAGAAGAUCCUGGCUCAUUUAGAAGACGAGAACCGGAUUCUCCAGGGAGAGCUGAGGCGCCUGAAAUGGCAGCAUGAGGAAGCAGCUGAGGCACCCACCCUGGCUGAGGGCUCCACUGAAGCAACUCCAGACCACCGCAAUGAAGAGCUUCUGGCUGAAGCCAGGAUCCUGAGGCAGCACAAGAGCCGCCUGGAGACACGUAUGCAGAUCCUUGAAGACCACAACAAGCAGUUAGAGUCUCAGCUGCAACGCCUGAGGGAGCUGCUCCUGCAGCCACCCGCCGAGUCAGAAGGCAAUGGCUCUGUAGUCUCGUCUCUAGAUUCCUCUCCACGCCAGUCAGAAGGCAGUCAUCCCCGUGAGAAGGGACAGACUACUCCAGACACAGAGGCUGCAGAUGAUGUGGGGUCAAAGAGUCAGGAUGUCAGCCUAUGCUUAGAAGACAUCAUGGAGAAGCUCCGCCAUGCCUUCCCCAGUGUGCAAAGCUCUGAUGUGACUGAAAACACCCUGCUGGCCUCUUGAUGGAGUCAGAUGCCAAUCCUGUAGUUCAUAGUCCUUUCCUGAUUCUUGUCAAUGCCUUCCCUUAAUAUUUGCCCAACCUUUCCAGUACCCACUGGCCCCACAUUCCUCAACCAGAGAUAUUUGGGCUUGGGGCAACAGCAGGCAUCUGAUGGUAUGUGAAAUUUGGCGGGGAAAGGGGGAAGAGAGGUGUACUUCCUCUGACUCCAGAAAUGUACCCAUUGAUCCUUAACAUUGAGCCUGUCCCUUAUGGUAUUCUGCUGUUGCAACCUAGGCCAAGGCACUUGUCAUCCAGAUGAGGAGCAGAAAAUACCUUGCAAGGCUAAGCAGUGCCCACUGGUCCCUUUCCCUUCUUCAUAGAAUCAUGGAGGGAAAAGCCUAAUGACCCAAGGUGUCUGGAUUAUUGAUCCCCCAGGGGUUAGUCCUACUCUCUGGCCCAAUUGAAAGAGGCAAAUGGGUAUCCCUGAGACACUCCUUCUAGUUGCCCCUUAGGAAGUCUGGGCCAUGUAUGUCCUAUACUUCAGCUCCAGAACAUAGUCUUCUUCAGGAUUCCACCUACGUUUUCUCCUCAAAUAUCUUUAUUCAUUAUGCCACAGUACCUAUCAGAGCAUCUCCAAUGGGGGAACAAAUCAUUGUAGAUAUGCUUCCACUCUAUGUUUGGAAACAUUAAAGAAAAACUUAUGGGUUUAUAUACCCUAUCCUGUUUCCUGAUGACCUUGGCAUCCCAAGAGACUCAUUGAGAUGCUCUGGAAACCCAUAUGAAGCUACUCUUUGUUCUUCUGAGUCUGUCCUCACAAAUAUGGGGGAAGGAGUGUAGCUUCUUCAACAAGGAGACCUUGCUCUCUCUUUCCUUGGUUUAGAAUGGAAAGGAAAACCCCUAUCCUAGGGGAGUAUGGGCCUGACACUCUCCAGGCUAUAACCAUUUGAUACCAUAGGUGGACUAGGUGAGGUGGCUGAUUGCCCUUAACUAUUCACUGGGAAGUUACAACUCACCAACCUGAAUAGUGAUUGCUGCCUAAAAGCCACUAGACUUGAAUUAGAAAACUGGCCACAUUCCACCCAAGGUGGAAUAGCAGCAAGGUCUUCCCGUGUAUAAAACUGUUGCUAACACUGAAAGGUGUACCCAGUCCCUCAAAAUGAACUAACUUUUCCAAAGCUGUAUAUACUGUAAUUCCUUUGUCUAACAACUGUUCAACAUAGAGUGUGGAGGUGGGAAGAGUGGGCUAGGGAACUUGAACAGAGGCAAUGCCCACUUAGGCUACAGUCUACAGAGGAGAGCUUUCUCCCAAGAGCCUGGAGAUUGAUUAAAUUUUGAGUUUAUAUAUAAAUAUAUAUUCUGCAUAUCUACUGUACAUCAGUACUCUCCCAGCCUCAUUCACACAUUAAAUUCUAAUACUUCUUAAAGAAUUAGCGUCCUGCCUUGCUCUUUGUUAGCCUCAGUCUCUGGUUGAGAUGAUAAAUGCACUCUGGCUGUGUCCCUAGGUUGUUUCUCUCUUACUGGUAUUUGAGGUGAAUUGACCUUGAGACCAACAAAAUGAAAGUCUGUGGCCACAGAGUUAUCUAACAGGAAGAGGCAUUCUGUUUUCUGUAUUAAUUCCAAACUUUGUUCCACUGACACUUGGGCCUUGGGUAAAUUUCUUACCACCCCUAACCAAUGAUUCAGGAACCGAAAUAGAACACAUUCAAGCUUUACCCAGUCCACACAGAAAAGAAGGAACAAAAGGCAUAUGUUAGCCAUUGCCAGGCUAAGACAGAAUUCAUCCUAUGGUCCCUAUUAGUUCCUAAGGUCUGGAUCAUUGCCUUUUAGAAUGCAGAGAUUGUCACCAAGGUCAAGAGGGAGGAAGAUGAUUAGAGUUCUGUGUUAUAAAUCAGGCCAUGGCAAACAGAUGGAACUGCUAAGAUCCUAGACUGAUAUGUUCCAGAGAGAACAGUACCUUGGCUCCAGAAGCCAAGAUUGCAUUCCCCCCAACCAAGCCAUGGGUUCAGGGCUCAAAUUUCUUGUCUGGAUGUCUCUGGAAAGGAGAACAGAAUAUCUACUUAUUUUGUGAGCAUUUGGUAGGCAAGCAUCAAACAUAGAACCAGGUCAUCAGUCAGAAUAAGGCAUUCUUUGUAGGAGCCUAGAUUGUGGACAAAAUUUAGAUAAAUUUGUUGUGGAUCAGGGGACUCAGAAACUGUGGAAUAUGUGCCUCCCCAUGCUUUAGGAGAACAGAUACUAUGGAACAAUCUUUUAUAAGGGUCCUUUUUUUUUAAACCUCCAAUCACUCUCAAAAGUUCUUAGACCACUGAGUGUCUGGGACAACUGCAUUGGACUGGACUUGGUAGAAAAGAUGUUGCUCUUGUUAUGUAGGAUUUGUGCUGGAGGUAGACUGAAGUAGCAGGUCAAAAUUGAAGUCUCACUAAGGGAGUCACUAGCACUUUUCCAUUUAUGUUUACCUGCAAUGCCUGAGGUGUGUAUAUUGUUCAAGGAUCCAGUGGCAGUCCCUGCUGCAUAUGUAGGCAGUUUGCCUGCAGUGAGGAAAAUGGCUCCUUGGACAGUGUGAAUCCACACUGGAGUUGAAUUUAGCAAAAUGUGUUCUGUGUUGUUGGGUAUGUUGUUGUGUAUUGUGACUCCUAAAGGAGUCUUGUGUAAUGUAUGACCAUAGACUGGAAGGUAGUGAAGGAGUUGCUGGGUUAGUAGUCUAAGGAAAACUUUCUGACUUAGAAGAUUAGCAUCAGUGAUGAGUAAUGUGUUUACAGGAAUUGUUAUCCAAUAGCGCAGGCAACUUAUUCUGGACAGAAUUCCAUGGAGAACAAUAAGCCAUUGGGAGAGUAGCUGUGCUUUCAGCUCACACAGAGUAGCUUCACAUUAAUUGGCAAUUGUUAGGGAAGGCCGACCAGCUGGAAGACAUGAGGCUGUGGUAUAUAGUUCCAUAGAGAAUUUUCCACCCGGGAGGACACGUAUCCAUCUCUUCAGAAUGCAAAGGUCAGAAUCAAGAUUUUCAGUGUUUCUCUCAAGGCCCAGAAUCAGGCAGUUCUUCACUAUGGAGAAACCUGAUUGAGAUUUCAGUUGUUUUGUGAACUAGUCUGGCAGGCCACAAUAGUUAAAAACAAGCCAAAGGCCAAGGCAGAUGCAAAUCCUGGAAGAUCUUUUGCCACCAGAUUAAUUUUAAGAAAUACCCUUGCUUCCUACAGUAUAUGUUUUAAAUAGGUUUGGAAGUUCCAUGCCCAGCUUUAGGCUAAUUUUUGAACUCAUUUUCAGUGGCAGAGUUGUGGUCUCUGGGACUGUUUUCUGGCAUUAAUUCCACUCAAUUUUCCUUGAUACUGUUUGACAACCAACAAAGUUGCUGGCUUAUUACGAAUAGUCCUGGGAGACAACCUGGAGACGUGGCCCUAAAGCUGUGGAAAUUUAGUUCCUCAGCUGGGCAGCCCAAUCUGUGGGACUCCCUGCAGAAAUCUGGUACUUGGAACAAAGAAAUACUUCAGCAAUUCUUCACUGUUUUAACAGUUUUGACUUUGGAGAGGGAAAAACUCAAAGUUCCAGUGUCCUUCUCUUUCUUUAGCUGUCAUAUUUAGAAGGAGACCUGCUGAAUAUCCUUGCUGUUCCCAAAUAGUAUUAAGGGCAGACUGAAGUCUGCUAUGUUGCUUGCUGGCUGCAAGAAUGAAUCACAAGGAUAAAAAUUAGGGAAGAGAUUGGUGAGGUGUUAAGGGUGGCAUGCAUAUAUAAAAGUUCAGGAUGAAGGGCUGGGGGUAGGAGCAAAUGGGUUAAAUUCAAUUGCCACUCACUGUGGUGCUUUUCCCAUUUUAUUCUUGAAUUCUGCUUUAAAAAGAAUAAAUUUGUAUUUGUUUACUUU